CGAAAAAAAAAAAAAAAAGGCCCAGCUGCGGAGCGGGGAUCUUGAAGACCCUUCUUUGCCCGCCUUGCCGAAGUGCCAAGCGGAACCGCCUUUGCCGCCAGAGCUUCUGGCUCUCCUCCAGCACGUCGACACACAAACACACACGCGGCCGUGCUCCCCUCCUUUCUGCCCGCGCCAGCCUCCAGCCGCUCCGGGUUUCCCGCUUCGUCCCCUCCUCCACUGACGCAGUCCGUCUGCACCAGAUCCUAACAUGGCGGCGGCGAGGUGGUGAGGAGCGCGGCCGGAGGGAGGUUUGAAGGGCCGCAACGGAAAGGGCCGGAUAUAACAUUCUAAAGCCAUGGGAGUGAAAACACAAAGACCUCGUUGUUUUUUUGACAUAGCCAUCAAUAAUACCCCUGCUGGAAGAGUUGUCUUUGAAUUAUUUUCAGAUGUUUGCCCAAAAACAUGUGAGAACUUUCGCUGUCUUUGUACAGGUGAAAAAGGUAUUGGAAAAUCAACACAGAAACCACUUCAUUACAAAAGUUGUUUAUUUCAUAGAGUUGUGAAAGAUUUCAUGAUCCAAGGUGGUGACUUCAGUGAAGGAAAUGGGAGAGGAGGAGAAUCAAUUUAUGGAGGCUUUUUUGAAGAUGAAAGCUUUGCUGUAAAGCACAACAAAGAAUUUCUCCUUUCAAUGGCCAACAGAGGGAAAGAUACAAAUGGUUCACAGUUUUUUAUAACAACUAAGCCUACCCCUCAUCUUGAUGGAUAUCAUGUUGUUUUUGGACAAGUAAUUUCGGGGCAAGAAGUUGUAAGAGAAAUAGAAAAUCAGAAGACUGAUGCAUCUAGUAAACCAUAUGCAGAAGUGCGAAUAAUGAGUUGUGGAGAACUAAUUCAAAAAUCUAAAGCCAAGAAGGAAGAGAAGAAAAGACGCAAGUCGUCGUCUUCAUCUAGUGAUUCAGAAAGUUCAAGUGAUUCAAAAACGUCUUCUGAUUCGUCAAGUGAAUCUGACAGUGCUGCUGAAGAAAAAACAAAGAAAAAGAAAAAGAAACAUAAAAAAACCUCUAAGAAACAUAAGAAAGAAAAGAAAAAGAGGAAAAAAAGCAAAAAGAGUUCAGCUAGUGAAGCUGAAACAGAAAAUCCUGAAUUGCAACAGCCACUUUCUACAGUCCGUCCAGAAGAGAUUCCUCCUGUUCCAGAAAACAGAUUUCUGAUGAGGAAAAGUCCUCCCAAAGUAGAAGAAAAAGAAAAAGAGACAAAGAACAGAGAAAAAGAAAGAGAAAGCAAUCCAUCAAAUUGUCAAACAUCAUAUCAGAGAAGACUGUUGGUGACAAGAUCUGGACGAAAAAUAAAAGGAAGGGGACCAAGGCGGUACCGGACACCUUCAAGAUCCAGGUCGAGGGAUCGCUUUAGACGCAGUGAGACUCCUCCACACUGGAGACAGGAAAUGCAGAGAGCUCAAAGAAUGAGAGUAUCAAGUGGAGAAAGAUGGAUAAAAGGAGACAAGAGUGAAAUGAAUGAAAACAAGAAGGAUGCUGCAAAUCAAAAAAGUCCAGGGAGAGGAAAAGAAAGAAAAAUAUCUGACCACAGAGAGGGUUCUGAAAGUCCAGAUAGAAGAGGAGAAAAAGAAACACAGCCCAAAGAUCCCAAAUCUGACAGUAAAGACAGAGGGACAAAGAGGAAUUCUGAGAAAGAAGAUAAGGACAAACAUAACAAAAGUAAAGCCAAAAAAAAGGAUAGAUCCAAAAGCCAGAGCAAAAGCAAAGAGGUAUCAAAAAGUAAAGAAAGAGACUCAAAAUACAGUAAACAUGAAGAUAAAAAAAUGCGAUCGAGAAGCAGAGAAAAAGAGAAAGAAAAAUAUAAUGACUUUCAUGGCAGAGAACGGAGCAGAAGCAAGGAGAAGAAUAAAAGAGGAAGAUCUAGAAGUAAUAGCCAGAAUCAUACCAAAAGUAGAGAGAGGGGAAAACAUGAACACUCAAAAAGCAGGGAACGCGAACAGCCUAAAAAUAAACAUAGUUCCAAUAAUAAGGCCAGAGAGCGAAGCAGAAGUGUGGACAGAGGCAAGCGAGCCAGGUCCAGAAGUAAAGAACGAGACCGCAGCAGAAGUAAAGAUUAUUCCAAACACAGAGAUAAAGAAGUGAAAAGAAAAGUAAGAUCAAGGAGUAGAGAGAGAAGAGGCACACCAGAGAGGUCCAGAGAGAAAGACCAUAAAAGGCGGAAGGAAUCCCAUAGCUCUGAGAGGGAAGAAAGUCGAAGUAAAGACAGGCAUCGGGAUCAAGAGUACAAAAGUUCUCGCAGAAAGGAAGAUUCUGGGAAAAAGAUGCGUUCAAAAAGCCAUGACAGCAGUAGCUCUGAGACUAAUAAAAGCAAAAAGUCCAGUAGAAAUCAAGAUAGAAGUCCUGACUCAAAGAAAAGAAGAAGCAGCAAGGACAGAGAAUCAAAAAGAUCAUACUCACGGAGGAGUAAAGAAAAGGAAAGGGACAGAUCUCGUUCUUCCAGAGAAAAAGAGAUCAACCAAAAAUCAAAAUAUCAGGAGAGAGAGCGUGCCCAUGGCAAAGAUAAAAAAUCCGAUCAUGAAUCAAGUGCUGGAACUGAUGAAGAUAGGCAUGGAUGAGUUUAUGAACUUAUUGUUUCCACUCUGCUUCUAGGUUCUAGAGACAUGUUGGGGAACAUUUUUUUUUUAAUGUGGACUUCAGUUUGGUUUUUUGAUAAUCCACAAUCUGGAUCAUUUGUACUGCUAAAGUUUUAAUAAACUUGAAAUGGAAAAACAAGUUUUAUGUGUAAUACGGUGUGCUGUGUUUUAAUAUUUCAUAGUUUAUGUAUCCUAUUUCUAUGUUACCUGAUGAAAGCAUACUGUAUGUUUAAUUUUAAUUUAGAAGCACACUGCAAAUUGGUUGGUUGGUCUGAAAUUACAAACAUCUUUGAAUCAAAUUCUUCUUACUUAGAUAACAUGUUAAUAUUAAAUUAUAUUAACAUUUCAGAACUAUAAUUAAUAAACAAAACCAGCAUAUAUAAAAACAGAACAUUCAAGUGUAGGAGAAUGAAUGUUCUCCAGUUUGAAUAUGUUACUCAAGAUUGUUACAUUGCUGUUAUAUUUCAUUGUUGUCCCUUUCAGGAAAAGGUUAAUCACUUUGAUCUUUGGAACAGUUAUUUGUUCUAAGUGAAAUACUUUCCAUAAAGCAAUUAUUUCAGAAAUAAUUGAUUUUAUAUGGUCCUGAUAAUAAUGAAUUUAUAGAAAAGUGAUGCUUAACUGUGAGAGUGCAUUUUAUAUGCUGUCUAUCUUUUCCUCAUUAAAUUUGAAGUUUGUUUGAAGGAGAAAAUUUCUUUCAGAAAGAAAUAAAAUCUGGCUUCACUGAAUUUAUAAGGAAGAAAUCUGUUUCAUAAUUUCGUAAUCCUUCCUGAGUGUUAGCUAUUAUAAGAUACCACAUUUUUCUAUCAACAUAAAUUCCCUUUGGAAAACUAUUACAGAUUGGGGUGCUUUCUGGAGCAACAUGCAGAAUCACAUAGAAAAUUGUGCUGCUUAAGAGAAUUGACAAAAAUUGAAUCUUUACCUGAGUGGAAGUCCUUUUUGAUAGGAAAAAGGAACCAUUAGGUGCAUCCCAGAACACCCUAAUAUAAAUUUAAAAUAUGUAUAAUGUAGCUCACAUUUCUGUUGUUGGAUGAGAAAUAAGUAAGGUAGUGUAUGCUAAUUUUGCUUUCUAAAGCUUCCUAACAGAUAAGAAAAAGUGCCACGAAGAGUAAAGAAGAAAUGACAAAAGUUAGAUAUAUUCAUCAGAUUUCAACACCUAUGAGAAUAAAACACUGUAUGCCUUUUCUUUGUUUAUAAUAGAUGUGCUGCAUUCCCUUACCAGUACUGCAGAUUUCAGUUUGUUCCCUUACCUUGCAAACUUCUUUAGUGAUGAGAAGACAAAUAAGAAUAAGUUCUAUGUUAAUUCAGAUGUACAUAAAUAUAAGUUUUGGGAAAGUAUAAUAAGAUAGUUAAAUUUGUUAAUUUUUUUAUAUGUAUAUGGACAAAAAAAACCUAAGCGGUCAAGACGUUUUUCCUGUGAUUUUUUCAGGAGGGCAGCCUUGAAAUUGUCUGAGCAAGGACUUAGGACUGUUCUCAUUUGGGACCAGUAUUCGGCUUCAUUGUAGGAAAUGCGGUUCUGAUCUAGCAUGGGUUGCUUGCUAUACCUGUGUCACGCUCAUGCUGGAUUGGAAGCACCUUUCCUGCUGCAGGUUAAAAUACUGUUCACCUCUUUAUUUUUACUAAAUGCAACAGCAGUGUAUGUGUCUACUAUUAAAUAGUAGUAUUUGUUUACUACACAAUACAUCUGUACCCUUUUUUUUUCUUAGAUCUCUCUUUGUCAGAAGUAGGAAUUGGGGGUUUUUCCCUUCCUAAUGGAAAAAAAUGGAUUCUGCAAAAUUUUUACACGUAUCUUCUGUCAUCAAUCGGACCUUCCAUAGGUCUCUUACAGGGCCAUAUUUACAAAUUGCAGAAUAUGUAGUAUAGUGUUAAUCAUGGCCUAUAUUAAUAUCAUCAAGCACAGUUAGAUAAUGUAAACCUGGAAAAGAAUUUCCAUGGUAUUUAAAGACUGAAUAUUUAAACUAAGAUGUUAACCUGGUUUAAAACUUGAGUUUUACUCAAGUAGUUGCUAUCUCAACUACUGCAAUAAUAUUAAAUACAAGACUAGAUAUUUUACUGUUUCAGUUGAGUUUUCUUAUUACAAAAGUUGAAAGAAUUAGUUUACUUGCCCAAUAAAGAAGUGGACAAGAGACAAUCGUAGAAAAUUAUUUUGAGCUGAAAUGCCAUGUAAUCAAUCAGAUUAUUCCUCUUAAAUGUAUAAAGGUCCUAUCAGAUACAUAAUGAUAACCUCUGUAGAGUAAAAAUGUUCCUAAUCGUUGUUUCAAUAAUCUUUUAGAGGAAUUUAACUAGAGGAAAAUACUGUUAAUAUUUACCAUGUUCUUCCUUGUAGAAACCAAAAUAUUUAGGUUUUAAAGUGUUGUUGCGUGGUUAAUUUGUUUUCUGUGAUGAGAUACAAAAACAGUUGCUAAUUUUCAUGAAAGGCCAAUUAGUUUGAAGUGAUUGUUCCACUACUAAAUUCCUUCAUACAAAGGUCAAAAAGAUACAAUUAACAUGCUAUUAGGGGUAAUUUUAAAAAUCUUCUUUAAAAAUUAAACCAGAUUUGUAGAUUAGAUUUGUCACCAAAAUCUUUUGGAAGCAUACAGUAGCAGACACUUCCAUACUGCUGACUAGAAAUUAUUAUGUGGCUAUUUGGUCAUUAGAAGUUAAGCUCUACUUAAGGGGAAGAGUGUUACCUGUUUCAGAAGCAACAGGUCUGUAAUCAAAAUAGCAAGAUGAACACUUGGCUUUUUUACCGUAAAAGCACUCGUCAUAUGCAUGACAUUUCCAGAUAACAUUUCCUGGGUCUUCAACUUAUUUUAAAUUUAUAGUCAAAUUUGUGUAGAACUUCAUGCAGGUGCCCAGUACCUAUGAUAGAAUAAAAUUUAAUCUGGUUUUAUAUCUGUAUUUCUUUCUUGUAUUUGAAAGGCCAUAAUUUAUAAUUUAACAAGGAGUCACUGCUAAGUAUAAUGACUGAUCCAAAAUUUGGAUUGGGACACCCUUAUGGCAUUAUUAGCAAGAUUGAUAAUCAUUUAAAUUCUUUAAAUUUGGCGGUUGUUUCUUUGCUGUCCAUAAAUAUAAUCCAUCCACCUUCCUUCAAAAAAUAUCAUUCUGUAUAAUCAAUGUUUAAUGCAUUACAUCAAGAUCCCAACAUUCACCUGUAUGUACUAUAGUGCUUUAUAAGAGUGAUGAUGCAGGCCAAAAACAUAGCAAAUAAAAUGCAACCGAAGAAAGGACAUAUUUGCUAAAUCUUUUGAGAUUUAAAAGCCUUUUAUCCCAUUUCUAUAUCAAUUUGCACAUUUUUAAAGUGUACAUGAAAACGUACACAUUUUUCCUGAUUAUAUAUGUAUUUUUGUAGUAAUUUUGCCUAGUAUAAAUAUUUUUGCAAGCAAUUUUACCUAAUGUGCAUUUUUGGCAUUUUCACAAAUGCGUAUGCAUUUUUGUAUACUUACUUGAUUGUAGAACUGCAUUGCAGAAUUCAGUGAAGUACACAUACAGAAGUAACUGCAUCCCUCCUCCCUCCCCACAUAAUGCUUUAGGAAAUCUUAAUGCUGGUGGGCAUUAAAAUGUGAACUAAGGAAAUUUCUCUAUCAUACAAUUCUGUCAUGCAAUAGGAAAGUCCUGAGAUUGUUUUUAUGAUAAUGUAGGCAUCUGGAAUAGCUUUACUAACUCUAAUUACAGCAUCUUUGACUGUGUGUGUUUGUGUUCAUCAGUUUCAUCCUAGCUAAGUGUUUCGGUUGCACCAUUGUAGCCCCCCCCCAAAACACACACACCCACACCCACACCAGAUGGCAGGUGUUCUGGAACCGGUGCUGAGGUCCUGCAACCUAAUACAGUCGGCUGUUUCACUGCAGCAGCAAUUCACAGGUUCAGGCUCAGAAGUAAUUUGAUGCUAUUUCUUUGUGCAAAAAAUCCCAAAUCAUCUUAUAGAAUCUUCUCUUGAUUAUUGAAGCUAUUCAUAUAUGUGAAGUGUUUGUGUUACACUAGUGUCAUUCACUGUAUUUUAAAGUUAUGUUGUUACCGAUUAAGUGAAAUACUUAUGUACCACUGUCAUCAACAAAUCUUUUCUAGAUUGCCCCUUGUCUUAAAUUUGCAAGAGUUUGAAGUUUCAAGAAGAAAGUUGAGUUACUUGGCUUUUUAGAUAGCAAAGCACAAAAAGAAAAAUAAAUCCUAUUUCCCAAAGCCAGUUUGGUGUUGCUAUAUAUACCAUAGGUCAGUCCAGGGGUCAAGAUACUUAAUGGGUUAACAAUUUAGUAGUGUCUUUCCACCAGAGUUGAGGUGCUAGGGUUGUGAAUGUGUUGCUGCAGAUUCAUUUCCAUCUUUCACCUUGAUAACUGCUUACAUAACUUCUACUCUGAUGGUUUUGGCAAUGAUUUUAAGAGGUGUCAGAUUUCUGUUGCCUGCUAUAUAGCCAGUGGUCUUGGAUUUGGUUGAUUUUCAGAGAGAUUGAUAUGAAAGAUGACACCAAUUGUGAUCCAUAUUCACCCAAUCUGACUUUUCAUCUAAUACUAAAGUUGGGAAUUGGGUUCUUCAGCUAUCUAGGGCUUAUGUCAAAAAGUUGCUCUCCACUUUAAACUUAAAAAUGAUUCCUGACCUUGAAAAACGGGCCUCUGUAAUGCUUUAGUUUUACAUGGUAAAAGUCUUUUCCGUGUUUUCUACAAUUAGAUAAAUAUGGAAAAGUAUCAGACCCCAAUUUAAGCAUGCAGCCCACAGAGAAAGUUAAGGCAAAAACCCUGCUUUUUCUCCCUCGGAAAUACAAAGGGUAAGAGUUACAUAAGGAAAAUGCCAUUUCUCCACAUCCAUUUGUAAAAUCGUUUAUGGAAGGCCUUUUAAAUCUCUACCUGUCUAUUCUGAGUGUCCCUUUGGGUUGCUUCCCAAAGAUACAGUGAAAUUAAAUUUUUCCUGUCUGAGAUGGAAUGUAUGCCCCACUUAAGCCACAGGCUUAAUGAGAAUAAUAUUCCUGUACAUUAGUUUUUAUUAGGAUGUCUGCAUGUUGGUAGAAAAGGGAUUGAGUGUUUUGACUGAAGCCAUCCAAUCAUCAGGCUUUACAUCUUGAAUAUGUCUGUGUGUUCAGGCAGAUGCUCUCUUCAAAUGGGAUGAGUUCUGCUUCUGGGUAAAUCUGCUUUCUGUUUUCCCAGAUGCUAAGAUUGCACAAAAACCAAAAAGAAUAUAUAGAGGUUACCUGUAGCUCAUUCAACAGUUUGCCUAAGCCACGUGACCCCAUCCCAUUGCAGAUGUCUUCUUGCUCUGUUAAACUAGAGCCUAAUCUUCAACAUUCCUCAUUGAGAGCUUAAAAGAAAAAAAGCUUUCAUCCUUGUUAUAAAAAAAUCCAAAUGUAGUUUUGUGAAGGCACUUUUAACAUAGAUUGCAUUCUUUUUUCUUUUUCGCAGUCACUACAUUUUUUUCUUUGAAUGAAUUUUUUUAUUUAGGUAAAAUCUUGUAAUAAAAACACUAACAAUACAGAUGACUGAUGGAACAAAUACAUAAUGUUCAGUUAUAUAAGCAAAUAAAGACGCACAGGCAAAAGGCUAAUAGAGUGACAAUAAGUUUUUUACAUAACAAUUUUUUUUUAAAUUAAGAAAGCCAGUAACACAUUUUAGUUGUAUGUCAUUAAAAAAAACCCUCUUUCAGCAGAAGCAGAUAGGUUUUCAAAUAAUUCAUGCAAAUAUUAGUUGGAAAAGCAGGCAAUUUAUUAUUCGGGGGACUUCUCCAAGUUAUUUCUUCAUAGGACAGUAGCAAGAUGUGUCCAUUGGACCUAGUGCCUGCAGUGUGGGAAUUUUAGAUUCGCCAUUUGUCUCAAAGGGAUAAAGGUUUGCAGUCAGUUCUAAAGAUACAGAACACACUGGGGGGAAACUUUAAAAUGAUUGCAAUAACUGAUUAAAAAUUCGGUUAUAGAUUUUGCAACAUGCAGUGCAUGUUUGUAGAAGUUUUGAUUAUUUUUAAUUACAUAUAGCCCCUUUUGCAUAUACUUCUGUAAAAUUGCAAAGAAGAAAUGUAUGUUAACUUUGGUGUGUUCACUUAAAUGUAUUUUUUACUGUGAGUAACUGAACCAUGAUGAGUUUGUAUUUAGUCAACACUACCAAGUGGCAGUCUGCAGGGGUCUAUGAUCAAUUUGUUGAAAGGUUCUUUUUCUGGAUAACAUAACUCUGUUGGUUUUGCCUGCAGAGUAGAAAAUCAUGGUUUUGGACAGUUUUAUAGUUUGUAAUUCUCAUCUGGGAAAGAUGUGAAAAUGUGAAUGCUUCAUAUGGAACAUGUAACUUGUAUAUUAAAAGUAUUUUGAGAAUCUUAAA